ACAUCCGUCAAAAUCCGAACGAAGAUUAAAAUAAAAAAGAACAAAGAAGCAGUCACAUCGGACCUCAUUUUUCUCCCAGAAUCGGCUGUGAAAAGCUUUAAAAACUUUUGACCGCAUGGAAGGCAUUCUUUAUCCCAAUACACGGCGUGAUCCAGCGAUAAUCGAUGAAUAUCAUGGCCAGAAAAUAGCAGAUCCUUAUGCUUGGCUUGAAGACCCAGACGCACCAGAAACCAAACAGUUUGUUAACGAUCAAAACAAAAUUACGGAGCCGUACUUGGAGAAAUGCGAGUUCAAGGAAAAGUUUAGAAAAAGAAUGACCGAACUCUGGGACUAUCCCAAGUAUGGCUGUCCAUUUAAACGAGGCGAUAUGUAUUACUAUUUUUAUAAUAGUGGAUUACAGAAUCAAAGCGUGUUGUACUGCAAGGCGACUCUAGAUGGUGAAGCACAAGUAUUUUUGGAUCCAAAUGCUCUCUCGGAAGAGGGAAAUAUAUCUAUGAGGGGUUAUGCCUUUUCCGAAGAUGGUAAACUAUUCGCUUAUGGUCUGAGCGAAAGUGGCUCUGACUGGGUUACAAUAUACUUCAAAACAACAGGUUUUGAUGGCAAAGAUUUGCCGGAUGUUCUAAAACAAGUGAAAUUUACCAGCAUGGACUGGACACAUGAUCACAAAGGCAUCUUCUACAAUAGAUAUCCAAAGACUUCUGACAAAAGCGAUGGGACGGAAACUGACUUAAACUUAAACCAAAAGCUCUACUACCACGUAUUGGGAACGGAACAAGAAGAGGAUGUUUUGUGUUGCGAAUUUCCGGACAAUCCAAAGUGGAUGACUGGCGCGGAAGUGAGUGAUUGCGGACGUUAUGUAAUCAUUACGAUACGGCAAGGAUGCGAUCCCGUCAAUAAAUUGUACUUUUGCGAUAUGGAAACUUUGAAAGAAGGGAUAAAAGGACCGCUACCUUACGUAAAAAUUGUGGAUAAUUUUGACGCGGAAUACGAGUAUAUCACCAAUGAGGAAUCUCUGUUUACAUUCAAGACCAACUUGAACUGUCCGAAUUACAAACUAAUUAAUAUCGAUUUUAACAAAUUCGAAAUGGAAAAUUGGAGUACGCUCAUUCCAGAGGAUUCGAAGGACGUAUUGGAGUGGGCCACUUGCGUGAAGAAUGAUGUGUUGGUACUCUGCUAUCUACACGAUGUGAAGAACGUGUUGUACCUGAAUCGAUUAUCAGACGGUUCAAGGAUAAGGGAGCUUCCUUUAGACAUUGGCAGCAUCGUUGGCUUUUCUGGCAAGAAAAAACAAACAGAAAUAUUUUAUCAAUUCACAAGCUUUUUGACUCCUGGUAUUAUUUACCACUGCGAUUUAUCACGAGACGACUCGCUUCCAAAGGUUUUUUAUGAAACUGUAGUUGAGGGAUUUGAUGCUUCUUUGUAUGAAACGGUUCAAGUUUUCUUUGACAGCAAAGAUGGGACUAAAAUUCCUAUGUUUAUAGUUCAUAUGAAGGGUAUAACCUUAGAUGGCUCCCAUCCAGUGUAUUUAUACGGUUACGGUGGCUUCAAUAUUUCUAUUACACCAAGUUUCAGCGUGUCCAGACUCAUCUUUAUCAGCCACCUCAGCGGGAUAUUGGCAGUACCAAACCUUCGUGGGGGUGGUGAAUAUGGCGAGAGGUGGCAUAAAGGUGGAAUGCUUGCCAACAAGCAGAAUGUGUUUGAUGACUUUCAAUGCGCAGCGGAAUAUCUUAUCUCAAAAGGAUACACGAAGCCUGAACGGCUUGCAAUCAACGGCGCUUCGAAUGGCGGGCUGUUAGUUGGCGCAUGCGUUAAUCAACGACCAGAUUUAUACAAGUGUGCUGUUGCACAAGUUGGUGUUAUGGAUAUGCUGAAGUUUCAUAAAUUCACUAUCGGACAUGCGUGGGUGACAGACUUUGGAAGCUCCUCAGAAAAGGAGCAGUUUGAAUGGUUGAUAAAAUACUCACCACUGCAUAACAUCAAGAUACCAGAUAGUGGUGUCCAGUACCCCUCGGUUUUGUUGAUGACAGCUGACCACGACGACCGCGUAGUACCGUUACAUUCACUCAAAUACAUCGCGCAACUUCAGCAUGUUUUAGGAAAGUACGAAAAACAAACCAAUCCACUGCUGAUCUUAGUUGAUACAAAAGCAGGACACGGAGCUGGAAAACCAACAUCCAAAAGAAUUGACGAUGUCGCAAAUAUGUUUGCUUUUAUUGCGAAGAAUAUGAACAUUACAAAAUGGUUGGAGAAAUCUGUGAACGCCUGAAGGCUAAUCGAUGCUUUUCUUCAUGGCCUUGUUUUUUGACUGGAUGUUUCCUGUAGUGCUUCUCGCGGCCGACGGUUCCGUGUCUUGCCGAAUUCUU